AGAUACCUUACCGCUUCAUCAACUUCAUCCACCAUGUCGUCGGAAGGUACUGUCGCAACAACAGCCAUCUGGACAGACGAUCGAAAUACAAUUUAAGGCGACCUGAAGGGCUCAAAUACAGUGGCAACGAGAGAAUUCUACAUAAUCACAUGAGCAAACAAGGUGUACCGGUCUCGAACCUCCAUUGGACUCACCAUGCAAGCGAAAUCAUUCCCAGACGUUAGGCUUUCGCAUUCGCUCAGUGUCUGCCGCUCCAGUAGUUUCACUGUUAUCGGCAUCAGGUGUAAACACUGCUGUAAAACUUUCACAGUACUAUUUACCCCUGAUGCCGAGACGAAUCAUCGUAUCAAGACCCAAUUAGCCCAGAAGGCACAAGUUCAAACAUCCAUAAAACCCAAUAUAGCGUUGGCCACUACUAGUACUGCCACAACCUCUCGGUCAAGCACAUCAGCAGUCCCACCUCGCAAAUCCAAGAAAUCUAAGAAACGAAAUGUCACACCGACAGUUGAUCCUGCAUCAACGUCCAAUUCUGCAUCGUCGUCCAAUCUCCCUCAGGUGACUAUUGAAAACCAGUUUAAGGAGAUACUAGCUUCGCUGCAUAAUGAGAUGGCGGAGAUUCGGAGAGACCACGAGAGCAUUCGAAACGAGCGGGAGAGCAUUCGCAACGAGCAGGAGAGCACUCGCAACGAGAACGAGAGAAUCAAGAAUGAUCUUGCAGGCGUUCGCAAUGAUAUUGCAAGUGUUCGCAAUGCUCUAAAUGCGGCGAGAAACAGACACACAGAACGUUGAAGCACUGAGAGGAGUUAUAAUGUUACUAUUCCC